CUCACGUGAGAGAAGAAGAAAAACAAUAGCAACCACAGUCGUUCAAGGUAGUUCCACAUCGUCUCAGAACUCUGGGAUCAACUGACUCUAAAUUAGUAAAUUGUGAGUGAAACCGCAAUCUUAGUUGAGAUGUGAAGGCGAAGCUAAUGAGAGGAAGCGCUGUUAUCGUCUGUGCGUGAACUCUGCAGCUAAGCUAAUUUUGAGUUUAGCUAGCUCGUGUCCAACUGGCUCGUCAGCGUCGUCGGGCUGACCGGAGAUAACCAGCCGGUGUACACCGUCCAAAGCAGCCGUGCACCUCUCCUUCGGGCUGCUCUGAGUUAAGCGUCAGAUCUUGUUUAAAACACAGCAAUGGGAAGUCUGGGCUCCAGGUUCCAGUACCCAGCUCAGGGACCAGAGGAGGUUACAGAGGGAACAAGCACCGGUCACAAACACAGCUGCGAAUGCAAGAAGAGGAAACGAAAUGCUCAGUGUGACUGUGACAGUGAACAAGAGGAGGAUGAAUCCAUACUAGAUACACCUCGCAGAAAGAAAUUAAAAAGCACAUCAAGAUAUAUUUAUCAGACUUUGUUCCUCAACGGGGAAAAUAGUGACAUUCGCAUCUGUGCUCUGGGACAGGAGUGGAACCUCCACAAAGUCUACCUGUGCCAGUCUGGAUAUUUCUCCAGCAUGUUUAGUGGCUCUUGGAAGGAGUCUAACAUGAUGGAAAUAAACUUGGAGAUCCCAGACCAGAACAUAGACACUGAAGCUCUACAGGUUGUAUUUGGAUCUUUGUACCGGGAUGAUGUUCUGAUCAAGCCCAGUAGAGUCGUCAGUAUACUUGCUGCUGCGUGUAUGCUACAGCUGGAUGGUCUGAUCCAGCAGUGUGGUGAAACUAUGAAGGAAAACAUCAGUGCAAAAACUGUUUGUGGCUAUUACGCUUGUGCCACCAUCUAUGGCUUGGACUCCGUCAUGAAAAAGUGUCUUGAGUGGCUUCUAAACAACCUGAUGACCCACCAGAAUGUUGAGCUGAUGAAAGAACUAGGGGCAGAGGUGAUGGAGCAGCUCAUUCAGUCAUCAGACCUGUUCGUCAUGCAGGUGGAGAUGGACGUAUACACUGCUCUGAAAAAGUGGAUGUUUCUCCAACUGAAUCCAUCUUGGGACGGCCCCAUCAAGCAGCUUCUGGCCGAUGCUGAUGCCUGGCUUUGCAAACGUAGGACAGACCUGUGUGAAAAGGAGCCUUUCUUAAACACGGAGGAGGGGACCCCAUUUUGUUCUGUGUUUAAAUAUGUUCGUCUUCAGUACAUCAUCAAUGAUCUCGCAUCUGCACGUAUCCUGGAGAGAGAUAAUAUUUUACCCCCUGAUUGGUUAACGUCGGUGUACAAAAACCAGUGGUUUGCUAUGCUGCGCACAGAAUUUGAUAAUGAUAAUGGUCCCCAGGAAGCUAACAAAGAGGAGUUUGAGCUAAGCAGUAUGAGGUGUGGCAGGAAACUCACCAAAGAUGGAGAUUACUGCUGGCGGUGGACAGGCUUUAACUUUGGUUUUGACUUGUUGGUGACCUACACAAACCGCUUCAUAGUGUUCAAAAGGAACACUCUGAGUCAGCCAUGUGGAGGCGCUGUGAGUCUGCAACCUCGAAGACAUCUGGCAUACAGAUUACGUCUUGCCUCAUUCGACAACCGUGGAAAACUGGUCUGCAGUCGCUCAACAGGUUACCAGCUACUAACUCUUGAGAAAGACCAGGAGUAUGUGGUGAUGAACCUCGACAGCCGGCUGUUAUCAUUCCCACUCUACGUAUGCUGUAACUUCCUGUAUACCUCGCCCCAGUCAGAAAUCCGCCCAGAUUCGCCAGAACCUGAAUGCAGUGCUCGCACCGGGUCCUGAUGCCUGUUCAGCUGCUACUAUUUCUUUGGUAACAUCAAGACACUGUCACAAGCUUUUAUGUACAGUCCACUGUCAUUGUAAAAGCAUUUUGACUUUGGACAUAGUGUUUGCAUGCUCUGUGACUCAGUGAGUCGUUAAGGCAAUGUGUUUUGUAUCUCGAUAUUCAGUAUUCUGAGUUGGGCUAGGAAGUGGUGGUACUGAGCUUCUGGACCAAUCAUCACAAUGGAAAACUAUAAUAUUUAGGUCUAGUGAUUGUGAGGACCACUCAAGGAUUCAUCUUACCUACACCUAUAUAUGGAUAUAUUGCCAUCCUGGAAUAUGGGAAUGUGAUGAUGGAUCGACACCACAGGGAGGAAAAACUGCCUCAUCAUAGUCCACAAUAUUCAUCACACUCUUUCACUCCUGUUAGAUUGACUACGAAUCCAUCAAGGGUUAGUUUCAUCCUUUUGAAUUUGUCUGAAAAUAAACCUUUAUCUCGCCUUUAAUUGAACAAGUUCUCACAAGAGCAUACAUUGUCCAUUACCAAGUGGUCAUUUUCAAAAAGCUGCUGUUACUCCGACUAGGGAAAGUGUGAGACCUGCUCAUAUAUAUUGGUCAUAUAACCAUCACUGAAAAGAGAAUGCAUCUAAUGGAUGCACAUCUUUUUGUUCUGGUUGGAACAGAUAACACCUGUCUUUUGUAUCUGACUCAACAGCUGUGGCAGAGUCUAAACAGCAUCAUCACCUUUUGGAUUAAAUGUGUACAGUUGAAUUCUUAUCCAAAAACAUGUUUUUGUAAGGGAAUGAGCAUUGUGAGGUCAAAAAACCAGGAUUAACAGUAAUUUCUUGCAGGGCAGUGGGAAGACAAGGGACCGACACCAGCUCUCUGUUUACUGUGAAACCCACAAACGUUCACCUCAGACUUUAUGCAGUUUGUACCAGCUAUGCCGGGCUAAAAGGUCACUUCCGGUCUUUGAUGUUGGCUAAACAUCUGCAGCGCAUCUGGUACGUGUGGGGAGAUGUACAAGUUUUGGAAAUUUGUUUCACGCUUUAAAACAUGGUCAACUUGAGGUCAUUCAAAUUUUCAGUAUUAUUUGCCUGUAUAUCUGCUGCUGUAUCUGUGAUCAAGUUAAAUGCUCAACAAGUUCUUUUUAUUUGGCAUUUAUUUAUUUUUUUAAUGUCAUUUGUAUUGCUUUAUUUGUGCAAAAGAAAACGGAAACCUAUCUGGACUGCCAAUAAACUGCCCAUUCACAUGGGCUGUGGUGCUA